AUGCCGUACCUUAUUGAAUGCAAUGAAUGGCGUCUCCUGCAGACCCUGGGGCCGUUGAUCAACCAGAGAAAGUCGCGAUUCAACGUCCACCUGCUCAACAGCCUCGAUUCGAGGCCUGAAACCCACGGCACUCGCCUCCCAAACCUCACAGCCGAACGCUUUGAGGUGGAGGUGCGGCUCAUCUUUCUUCUACCAAAGGACUGCUUCCGUGCCCUGUCCACGACCGAGUUCGACGAGUGUGAAAAGAGGCUAAAAGGCGUAUGCGAGCUCCUGGACCGGAUUGUGCACCCGCGACAUGGAGACAGCCAGAUCCAUGCCGCGGAGAACAAAGCCGGCUACUCACGCCUCCGCUCGCUUAUCCGGUUGCUGGAGCAUUCCGAAUCUGACGAGACGAUCGACUUGACAAGCGGCUCACGGCCAACAUUGUUCAAGCCACCUGACGACCCGGCUGACCUGGAGGUAAGCCUGGCAUUGGUCGCUGACUACAACAACUCGCUUGCUCGGCUCUUUACAUCUCUGGCUCGGGAAGGUAGGGUUCGUCCCAUAUCGAAGAAGAUUCGGAGAAAGACUUGGAAGGACCCAAGGCUACGCCGCCGAGCAACCUCCGCGCUCGGGGCAAUCUUCGAACGCCUCGGAUGCGGGAUGGGCCACGAAGUGAUGUUGAACGUCUCGGAAGACGCCGACGACGGCGCGGCCGUUCCCAGCUUGGACCUCAGGCUGUCUUCUUGUACGGACUCGACCCCCUGCCUGGACGCCCAAUGGCUACAAGUGCGGUGUGGCUCUAUCGAUUCGAACUGGAACGCCUCUGUCGCAGAAAUUCAAAACAUAUGUCUCGACCUCGGGAAUCGUAUCGGCCGGGGCGAAGCAUUAAUCCUACUCCUCGAAAAGUAUGGGCUCUUCGGCGCGUGGACCCCCCUACAACUAGCACAGCCCUUCUCGGCGCCGCCAAAAGAGAACCUCGACAAGCUCAUCUCAAGCGGUGCUUUCAAACGACUAGACCUCCUCACCUUGACGAGGGGAUCUCUUCCGAUAAGAUAUAGCAUACGGGAAAAGAGGGCGUUGGCAGUCCGUCUCGGUUAUUGCCUGAUGGAUUUCUUUGACGCCGACCUAAGUUCCAAAAGUAUCUACUUCCUCAGUUCCACGAAGGCUUCUUGUUCCCGGACCCGGAGUGAGACGCUCUACUUGUCGUUCGCCUCCGGCCUGCCAGCCACAACCGAGUCCCACGUCUUUCGGAUUGGGCAUCCGACCCUCUUGUCGUUUGCCAAGCUCCUACUGGAGAUCGACUUUGGCCAAAGCAUCGACCUCAACAUCAGCUCUGAUGACGACAAGGCCAACCGAGUAAUAUGGGCCGAGCUGUGCAACGUGGUCGACCAGCUCGAGGAGGAGCGCAAUGACAGUUACCUUCAAGCUGUCAGGGGUUGCCUGAUGGCACAUAUUCAGAUUUCGAGAGCCUUGAGAAUGGGUAGCGCCGACGAAAGGGAUGCGGAGCUCACCAUCCGAAAGGAACUUUAUAGAGAAGUUGUCGAGAGGCUCGAAACUGCGCUCGCUGAAUCCACCCCUCGCGCCGGUAACAAACGCCAGCGGUCCAAGUCCCCGGAACCGACACCUCGAACGAAGUCCCGUUUCGGCAUUAGAGACGAGCGGCAAGAGCCUUCCAUCGAUGCGUCUGAUGUUCGUGCAAACGCUCUGUCAUGGCAGGCUCCUAUCCGGCCAAAUCCCGCCUGGGGGGGCAGGCCAGCGUCCAAGCGACCGCGGAUGCCCAACACCCCGGAAACCGAGAGCACAAGACCAAGUCGGCUUGGUCUAUCCAGCAGCAGUCUAUUACUGGAGUCCACCGAAUCCAACCCACGGUGGCAACCAGAGCGAGAAGCGUUAUUCCACAGUGCUAUCGUUCCCAAGAUGUGGCUGAGCGAACUCAUGAAAAUCAGCCGGCAGGUGGAGAGCAAGCGACGUAAGUGCCGAAUUGCGGCCCCGGUUCGAGUUGCCAUCCUGGACACGGGGCUCGAUUGGGACUUCCCCGUCUUCAGGGAAAGGAGUGGACUACUCAAAAGCGUCACGGACGUGAAGGAUUUUGUGACACCGAGCACACAGACCGUGACAGACGUCUUCGGCCACGGCACCUUCAUGGCGAGACUCAUCAUGGAGUGUGCCCCGGGUGUGGAAAUCCUAGUGGCUCGUAUCGCAGAAAACACAAACGAGCUCAAAAACAGUCAAGCAAACAUCAAGGAGGCAAUCCUCUGGGCCGGGCAGGCCGGCAAAGCAGACAUCAUCUCCAUGUCCUUCGGCUUCCCAAACGACGACCAAGGGAUACGCGAGGCCAUCGAGACGGUGCAGAAGGGGCGCGACGAAAACAUCAUAUUCCUCGCCAGCGCCGGAAACUCCUCUGCAGAGGACGAGAGCUUCCCAGCCCGCCAUCCUUCCGUCAUAUCCGUCUACGCGACGAACUGCCACGGGGUCUUUUUGCAGUCAAACUCGGCGAGCACGAGCAAUGGCGCCGCUGUGCUCGGCACAUACGGCGACGACAUCCCGGCCGCCAUCCGCGAGGAGUUCAGGACCACCUACCCGAAGGUUUGCGAACCUGGGUCGUCAGUCGCCACUGCCAUAAUGGCGGGGAUCAGCGCCACCAUGCUUGCGUAUGCCUCCGUUCUGCCUUCGCUAGUCCCGCUUCAGGAGGUGACGGUUCUCCAGCGCCUGUGGACAACCAAGGGCAUGGAGGCGGUGCUGUAUCGGCUAGCGCCAGAGGAUCGCGACCGCCCGCGGCUCAGGGCCGUCAAGCCGAUGUGGUUCUGGAAGAAUAGGCCAGAUGAUCACAUGCGGUACUGCGCUAUUUGCGAUGUGUUGUCGGACAUCGACAGGAGGUUCCCGAGGCUGAGGGGGACGGGUUGA